AUGCUGUCGCACCUCAAGGAACUCAAAGUCGAGAAGGGGAAGGAAAUCAGCUAUGGUCACGUAGAGAGCUCUGUGGAAUUGAGUCCUGGGGGCUUCAGGGACUCGACUAGCACUGACAAUAAUGUCGAGACUGGUAAAUCGCGGCAUCGACUACAUUCGAAGCCCGAGGAGCUGUCAGAUGACGAUGUGGACACGGACGCAUCAACCGCUAAGAUUGACAGCAGAAUGUUAGGACAUGACCCGCGCUUUCGUGUGAAUGGUAUAUUAGUUGAUAGUGAGGUAAAGGGCGGAGCACGGAGUGGAUGGGAGGGCGUUUACGAAAUUAUGUUCAAAAGCAUAACACCUACAGGCCAGCGCGUGGCGCUUGUGCUGCUGGUUAUGGUGUCCAUGAGUGUUGUGGUUGCCGUUUUGGACAGUGUGGACGAUUUCCGAGACGACAUUGGCAACUAUUUGCUGGCUUUAGAAGCCUUUUUCACUGUAGUCUUCACAGUGGAAUAUUGUCUGCGCUUACUCUCACUUCGGAAUCCAAGCAGUUUUGCUUUCAGUUUGAUGGGGUUUGUCGAUAUGUGUGCAUUAGUGCCAUCGUAUUUGGGAUUCAUUCUACCAGAUGCAAGACCAUUGUUACACUUGGCAGUAUUGCGGAUAUUUCGAGUCAUGCGCGUCUUUCGAUUGCUAAGAUUAGCGCGAUUCGUGGAUGCGGGUGCUGCUUUAAGUGACAAUAUUGAGACCAACAAGCGACGGAUUGCCGUGUUUCUCGUUGCACUAUUUACGAUGAUUCUUGUGAUUGGAUGUGCUAUGUACUUGAUUGAAGGCGAUAGUCACGACUUUUCCAAUAUUCCCAUUAGUCUUUACUGGACUGUUGUGACCAUGACCACCGUGGGAUACGGUGAUAUAUCACCACAUACAAUCGUUGGUCGUAUGCUUGCAACGGUUGUCAUGUUCGUGGGGUACGGAAUAAUUGCGUGUCCGCUCAUUUUAAAUCAAACAGGAUCGCAGGAUAUUCUGACCGAAGUUAUCGAGUGUCCACGUUGCUUCCGUCGGCUACACCAAGAUGAUGCUAAUUUUUGCCGUGUCUGUGGUACAUCACUCCGCCAGCCACGCGUCAAAAGUCUCAAGGCGCGUCGUGACCGUCGUCUCCGCCUUGCAAAGCUGCAACUCCAGGUCCCAGAAAACGGACUUCAAAUGUCCACAUCAUCUACAAUGAGGUCCAACAUGCGUUUGCUUCCCGAAGGACUUGAUUCAACGCGGACAAUUGACUCAGCGAUGGGAUAG